UGAUAAUGUGUUCGUUGAAAGUAAUGGAUCUGUUCUGCUUUUCAGCUUCAUGGCUCUUUCUCCUGCUGAUACAACCUGCAGCUUUCUUAGAAUCCUCUGAAGGGAGCGGAGACCUUCCCAUCAGCGAAAACGCCGACUCGUAUCACUGUGAAGAAGGAAAAUACUUCUCCCACCAGCUUUGUUUAGAGUGUCCUGCUGGUCACUAUUGUCCUGGCAAUGUGUCAGCACCUCGUAGGUGUCCAGCAGGAACGUUCAACCUGUACACGGAAAAAAGUCACAUAAGUGACUGCAAGCCAUGUUUACCCGGUCUGAUCAGCACAGAGGACAGAGUGGACUGUCGGCUGUGUCCUGCAGGUUUCUCCUGUGAUGCAGCCAAUGGAACCUUGUCUUUAUGCCCCCCGGGGGAGCAUUCACCUGAAGGACUCCUGCAGUGUCUCACCUGCCCCAUAGACUCUAUCUGCACUUCAGGAUUCCCUCAUAAGUGUGGGCCUGGCAAUGAGCCCAGUGCAAAUCACACUGUAUGUAAUGCCUGUCCCCCGGGCUUCUAUUCCACCAUGUGUACGAUCCAGUGUCUGCAGUGUCCUGCAGGGUCUUACUGUCCAGAAACUGCGAUGUCACAUCCUCUCCCCUGCCCCACUGGCUGGUCAUCCACUGCCGGGCAGACCCACUGCCAGCGCUGUGACGCUCCAGCGUGCGGAGCAGUGGGCCCCCGUCAGCCAGUCCACAGAUCCGGUCAGCACAUCACCUGCCGACCAGGAACCUACAAAGACAAGAGUGAAGAGACAUGUAUUGUCUGCCCAGUAGGUUAUUACUGUGUAGGUGGGGAAGUGACUCCCUGCCCUGAAGGGACGUACGGCCCUAAAGAAGGUCUGCAGAGACUCAGAGAUUGCACAGUGUGUCCUGCAGGGUUUUACUGUCUGGAAGGCAGUUCACGGAGACCCACCUCCCAGUUUCUGUGUCCACAGGGCUAUUACUGUGAAGCGGGCACCGCCACCCCUCACGGGUCACCUUGCCCCGCUGGUACAGCAGGAGAACAACUGGGUCAGACAAGUAGGGCGGCCUGUAAGAGAUGCAGGGAAGGCCGCUUCUGUCCUGCAGGCUCUUCGGGUCCUGGUUUGCCUUGUGCUCGGGGAAGAUACUGUCCCGCUGGCACCUUAGAGGAAGUGAUAUGUCCUCGAGGCACCUUCACUCCUCAUCAGGGAGCUAUAAGUGUGAAAGACUGCCUCAAAUGUCCCCGUGGCUUCUACUGCCCCGAGGGGACGAGCGACCCCGUUCCCUGUCCACCGGGCUCGUUCAACCCCCUGGAGGGUCAGGACGAGUUGGCUGACUGCAGGCAGUGCCACGCGGGAAAGGCGUGCACGCAGGUGGCCCUGAGGGCUCCCGAUGUCGGCUGCAUGCAAGGGUUUGUGUGUCCGCCCGGUUCUUCCACGCCCAACGCCCCAGCCAACGCCUGCCCACCGGGGACGCUGAGCAACCGCACUGACCUCACCCACCGCUCCCAGUGUCGGCAGUGCCCCGCGCGAUACGCCUGUCUCCGAGGAACUGGUGGCAUCCAGAGACCACCCCUCUACUGCUUCGCAGGGCAUUACUGUCCCCCUGGAACCAUGUUCCCCACACAGUACAAAUGUCCCGUGGGGACGUGGAGCGGUCAGAGUGGGCUGGAAGCGGAAAGCGAGUGUCGGCCGUGCCCACAGGGCUGGUACUGUCUAACCGGGGCUGGGGCUCCAUCUGGUCGAUGCAGCUCCGGCCACUACUGUCCUCUCGGGACCGCGUACGGCACCCAGUUCCCUUGCCCCGCGGGCACCUACAGCAUCCAAAUGGGAAACAGACACAGGGAAGACUGCCUGAUCUGUCCCGAAGGCUCGUUCUGUCAACGGGGCACCUCCAAACCGUCCCCCUGCCCCGUCGCCACGUUUCGCCGCCUGAAGGGAGGUCGGCGGCUGGAGGACUGCUCCGCGUGCCCGGCUGGCUAUUUCUGUCCCCACUCAGCCACUGUCAACCCCAGAGUGUGCGGCGCAGGCAGCUACUCCGACGGAGGCUCUGUGGAGUGUUCUCCGUGCUUGCAGGGCCAUUACUGCAGCAAUGAAACCACUAGUGAGGAAGCCAUGUUGAGCAUCAUGGUGUGCCCCCCCGGCUUUCUGUGUUCCCAAGGUCUGUCCAGGGACCCCCAGCGCUCGGCCACCCUCUGUCCUCGCGGCUUCUACUGCCCUGGCGGAGAUAUUGAUCCCAACCCAAUUCCUUGUCCUAACGGCAGCUACGGUGAACGUCCUGGUCUUCGUGACGUGAGUGAGUGCGUCCAGUGUCCUGAGGGGAGCUACUGUUACUCCGAUCAGCCUCAGGAGGAGCCCAUUACCAGGCCUACAGGGGUCUGUCCUGAUGGACACUAUUGCCCCCUGGGGACAGGCUACCCUUACGCCUACCCCUGCAAGGCUGGUCAAUACAGGAAUAACAUCAUUGGCCACGGUGGAAAGGCCUGUGUCUUAUGUCCAUCCAGUUAUUACUGCAGCUCACCAGGAACUCACAUACUCGCCAUCUGCCCUCAGGGCUUUUACUGUCCAGAGGGCACUUCUUCCCCGAAAGCCUGCGCUGAAGGAACCUACGGCUCCCGCUCCGCUCUCGCCGACAGCUCUGAGUGCACUCCCUGUGGCGGAGGCCAGUACUGCGCUGGCGUGGGCCUCUCACAGCCCUCUGGAAGCUGCAGGGAGCGCUUCUACUGCAGGGAGGGCGCCAAGUCUGCAACACCAGCUGAUGGUCCAACAGGAGGACUGUGCCCAGCAGGAAGUUACUGCCCCCCGGCCUCUUCCUCACCCCUGCCCUGCCCUCCUGGAACCUUCAGCAACACCUCUGGCCUCGGGAAAGCCCAGGAGUGCGUCAGCUGUCCGCCAGGAUUCUAUUGUCUAGGCUACAACAGCACCUCACCUUCAGGCGCUUGUUUCGCUGGUUUCUACUGUAACGGAGGGUCGGCUUCCCCCGUUCAGAACGAAGCGGACGCGGGUCAUUUUACCGCGGAGGGGGCGUUCAGGUCGCAGCCGUGUCCUCUUGGCACAUUUCAGCCGCAUCGAGGCUCACAGGCGUGUGUGGAGUGUCAGGGAGGCAGACUGUGUAACCAGACGGGCUUGUCUCAGGCUCCUCUGUGUCCCACGGGACACUACUGUCCUCCAGGGUCUCCUGUUGCUCGGCCCUGCCCCCCAGGCUCUUACUCUGACCAGCCCGGUGGUGAAGCUGCGGAGCACUGUCGGCCGUGCGAGGCCGGCUGGUUCUGCAGCCGAGUGGGUCUGUCGGAACCUCAGGCUCCCUGUGACCCUGGACAUUACUGCACCUCAGGCGCCUCCACUGCUUCUCCAGUGGCUGUGGCGUCUGGGGGCGUGUGUCCUGCCGGCUACAUCUGUCCACGGGGGACAAAGUACCCCCAGCAGCACCCCUGUCCUCUGGGAACCUUUAGCAGCGCUGUGGGAGCCCAGAACUCGUCUUCCUGCCUGUCGUGUCCCCCAGGACUCUACUGCAACAGCACUGGACUUAGUCAGGCCUCAGGAAUCUGUGACCCAGGGUAUUACUGUUCAGGAGGGGCAGUGUCUCCAGUGCCCACGGAUGGCGUGACCGGGGACGUUUGUCCGCUCGGACACUUCUGUCCCAUGGGCUCAGCUUCUCCUCUAAUCUGCCCUGAUGGAACUUAUUCGAACACUACAGGUGCGGAGGUAUGUGGCGAGUGCCCCCCGGGGACCUACUGUCUCUCAGGGGAGGGCGUGGAGCCCUGCCCAGCGGGCCACUACUGUCUGGGUGGGGGUGUCGAGGCCAUCCUGCCGUGCCCUCCUGGCACAUACAGCCCUCAGUUCGGCCUCAGCCAAGUGGAGCAGUGCCUCAUCUGUCCAGCAGGCUUCUACUGUGAGGACUGGGGUCUGUUUGAACCCACUGGGCCGUGUCAGGCGGGCUACUACUGCAUAGCAGGCGUGAACUUUCAGAAUCCAGAUGGGAACUUCAGCACAGGAGUUGGGGGAGCGUGUCCUCUGGGGAGGUACUGUCACGAGGGCACCAGUCUGCCUCUGCCAUGUCCACCAGGGACCUACUCUAAUAGCCUUUACCUGACAGACCCCUCUGGCUGUAGUCCAUGUCCGGCGGGAUACUUCUGUGGCACUGUAGGCCUCACUCGUCCAUCUGGACUGUGUGAGGAAGGGUUUUACUGUCCAGGGGGAGACACAACAUCUACAGGCUCAGCGGGGGGUCCUUGCCCACCAGCUCAUUACUGCCCUGAGGGGAGUGGCAGCCCGUUGCCCUGCCCCGCUGGAACGUACACCAAUCUCACAGGCCAGCCACUGUGCUCCCGCUGUCCCGCUGGAUACUACUGUCCAGAAAAGACUGGCAACUUCAGCAAGUUCCCCUGUCCCCCUGGAUUCUACUGCCUCGACGGUACUAGACACUCCACGCAGUUUCCCUGUCCUCGUGGAUAUUACAACCCAGAGCCCAUGACUCAGAGUCUGGACAGCUGCUUGCCUUGUCCUCCAGGCCACUACUGUGAGAAGGAGAGGCUGACCAAAGUAUCUGGAAAAUGCAAGGCCGGAUGGUUCUGUGUGUCGGCGGCGUGGAACUCCCAACCCUUCGACCUGGACAACUACACAAAUGCCAACUGUCUGUGUCCAGCCACCUCCACGGGGGGGCGCUGCCAGGUGGGCUUCUACUGCCCCCUGGGUAGCACAGAGCCCCUCCCUUGUCCGCCUGGACAUUUCUGUAACAUCUCAGGUUUGGCGCUGCCCAUGGGUCCCUGCUCCGCUGGGUACUACUGUGCAGGAGGCGCCACUGAGGCCAAACCAACAGAUGGAGAGACAGGCAGCAUCUGUCCACCUGGGACAUACUGUGCUGAGGGGUCAGAGGAGCCAGAGUUGUGUCCAGCUGGUACGUUCUCCCCAGAACAAGGUGCAACCGGUGAGGCUGGCUGUCAGCCGUGUACUGCAGGGUUCUACUGCAGAGGGCCGGGUCUCAGGACUCCAACUGGACCCUGCAGCCAAGGCCAUUGGUGCCCUCCAGGCCAGACUGUGGCGACAGCUCUACCCUGCCCUCGAGGUCACUUCUGCCCCGUGGGUAGUGCAGCCCCAGAGCCCUGCCUACCUGGAACCUACCAGGACAGAGACAAACAGGCAGCUUGCGCUACAUGUGAAGCGGGGUAUUUCUGUGAUUCAAGACUUGGUCCAACCAACGCCUCUUUGCUGAGGCCCUGCCCUAAGGGACACUACUGCCCCGCAGGUACGGCGCUGGCCAGACAGCACCCCUGCCCCAAAGGCACCUUCAAUGGGAGGCAGGGCGCCGGCAGCCCAGCAGACUGCGCGCCGUGCGCCGCUGGACAGUACUGUCCUUCCGUGGGUCUGUCCGAGCCGUCAGGACCCUGCCAGGCUGGUUAUUGGUGCAGAGAGGGGGCAUCCUUUUCCAGUCCCCGGGAUGGAUUCUCAGGUUCCCUGUGUCCGCCUGGUCAAUACUGCCCCUCAGGGACCACAGCUCCCAUGGCUUGCCCAGAAGGAACGUGGUCAAACAGCUCAGGCCUGCGUGGCCCAGAGGGAUGUAAACCGUGUCUGGGUGGAUUUUACUGUGGCUCUGCUGGUCUGACUGAGCCUAGCGGACCUUGCAGCGGGGGAUAUUACUGUACAGGGGGCGCUGUCACAUCCACCCCUACUGAUGGACUCACAGGAGGACCUUGUCCCGAGGGUUCCUACUGCCCAGAGGGAACCGCUCAGCCCGUGCCCUGUGAUCCGGGGACGUAUGUGGCCGUCACACUUGCAACCCAGUGUGAUCCCUGUGUGUCCGGCUGGUACUGUGUGUCUGGGUCUCUGUACCUGUGUCCUGCAGGCUUUUAUUGUCCUGAAGGAACCGGGUAUGACUUGAGAAGCUGUCCAGAGGGAACUUACGGGCCUGACCCCGGCUACUGGUCUGUCGCUCAGUGCAGACAGUGUGACGGUGGCCAUUACUGCGCAUCCAGAAAUGGCACAGCUGUCACUGGACCGUGUCAGGAGGGAUAUUACUGUUCACAUGGAAACACCUCUCCACAGCCCGUCUCACAGGCCGCAGCAGGAGAGGGAGGCCCGUGUCCUGCCGGCUAUUACUGCCCCCUGGCCACCGUCCAUCCUCUGCCUUGUCCACGUGGAACAUUCUCUAACCUCACGAAACGGGUCUCCCAGGAGGACUGCCAACCGUGUCUCCCUGGCUACUAUUGUGCUGCUGUGGGCUCGUCAGAGCCUUCGGGAAAAUGCUGGGAAGGUUUCUUCUGUUCCGGCAGAGCAGAUCGCCCCGACCCCCCUUUCACGGACGUCCGUGGAGGACCGUGCCCAAAAGGUUAUUACUGCUCCGAGGGCUCUGCGGCUCCGCGGCCGUGCCCCCCGGGAACCGUCGGCGCAGAAGACGGCCGAGCCAGCUGUAACUCCUGUCCCCGGGGCUUUUAUUGUCCCGGCCACAGUAAUGGCUCUCUCCUGGGGAGCUAUGAAUGUCCAGUGGGUCAUUACUGUCCGUCUGGGACUGGGUCGAAACACCAGUACCCAUGUCCCGCUGGAUCCAUCAACCCACACGUGCGGAUGACCAAGCCCCAGGACUGCUCACCGUGCCCUUCAGGCUCGUUCUGCUCGUCCCCUGGGAACGCUGUUGCAUCAGGCCCGUGCGGCGCAGGUUACUACUGCCUCUCUGGAGCCCGCUCACCUACACCGGAGGACGGAGGUGCAACGGGCGACAGGUGCCCCGAAGGUCAUUACUGCCCCCGGGGCUCCUCGGCACCGCUCCCCUGCCCCACUGGACGCUACAGCAGCCAAACCGGGACCAGUCACGCCUCCGACUGCCUGCCUUGUCCUCCGGCUGGUUCUUACUGUCCAGGAGGAGAGAACAGCAGCUCUGUUCUCUGCUCACCUGGGAACAUGUGCCCAGCUGGCUCGGAUUCACAGGCGCCCUGCUCACCGGGGACCUACCAGGAUCUACCUGGACAGGCAGCGUGUGCUAAAUGUCCAGCGGGGUUUUACUGUGCGGCAUCGCUGGACGCUGACUUGGGCCGUGUGUCUGGGACUCGUACCCCAACGCUGUGUCCUAAAGGACACUUUUGCCCACCAGGAACACAGUCUGGUGUGGCAUUCCCAUGCCCAGCUGGCACCUUCGGCAGGCAGAUGGGCCUGUCCGACGAGUCGGGCUGUGAGCUCUGCCCUCCGGGGAGGUACUGUGGUUCUUCUGGGCUGGCUGCUCCCACCGGGGUCUGCUCCCCUGGUUACCUUUGUAUCCACGGCGCUGUUUCUUCUCAACCAGAGUCGGGCCCGACAGGGCGCCGCUGCUCUGCAGGGUCCUACUGCCCACCUGGCACUGACUACAUGGUUCCCUGCCCCGCAGGCACCUUCAGCUCCAUAGAUGGGGCAGUUUCUGUGGAAGCGUGUCAGCCCUGUUUACCUGGGCGUUACUGCGCUGAGGUCGGCCUCUCCUUGCCGAGCGGCCCCUGCAGGCCCGGCUUCUACUGCACAGAGGGCUCGCAAACAGCCACGCCUUGGGGCAAUAACACAGGAGAUACCAGAUCCCCGUCCCCACUUUCUGGCGAUUCAACCGCGGGUCGUUUCCGUGGUAACGCGUGUCCUGCUGGCCACUUUUGUCCUGAGGGGAGUGCGCAGCCAAGCCCGUGUCCUCCAGGUACCUUCCUGGGCAGGUCUGGUGCCGAGUCCGAGGCUGACUGCGAGGCUUGUUACCCGGGCUUUUUCUGCCCUUCUUGGGCCCAGACCUCUCCUGAUCUCCUCUGUCCCCCCGGGUGGUUCUGUCCAGCGGGAUCAGUGUCUGGACAUCAGCCAGGCCGUCGGUGUCUGCUCGGCCACAUGUGUCCACGCGGCAGCGCCGAGCCGGCCGUCUGUGGCUCUGGCACCUUUCAGGCCUCACCUGGACAGCCCGUCUGUAACACCUGUCCCCCAGGUUUCUACUGUGUGGAGGGUUCUUCUGUGCCGGCGCCGUGUCCAAGUGGCCAUUUCAGCCGGUCAGCCGGUGGGACCUCCCACAGCGACUGCUCCUCCUGCCCCCCUGGCUCCUUCUGCAACAGCAGUGCUCUGACGGAGCCGUCUGGGCCCUGCAGUCCAGGUCACUUCUGUUCGCGCGGGUCCACCGAGCCCGCUCCCGUCUCCCAGCACUACGGGGACGUGUGUCCCGUGGGACACUUCUGUCCUCAGGGCAGCGGUUCACCCAAACCCUGUGCUGUCGGCACCUUCCUCCAAGAGGCUGGAGCCUCCUCGUCCUCUCACUGCCGUCCUUGCCCUCCAGGGAAGUACUGCCUCAGUCCUGGCCUCUCGCAGCCGACAGGUCUGUGUUUUGCAGGUUUCUUCUGUUCUGGGGGUUCAGAGAGCCCCACACCUCGAGCCAACUCCUCGCUGCUCCACUGCCUUCAUGCAACGCUACAAGAGGAGACGAACAGCGGCCCCGGCUUCAAUAACGACUCUGGGAGCAGAGACACUGGCUGGAUUGAAGCGGUGCCGGGGCCGCGGGCGGACGCGGACCGCGCCGUGACUCACGCGCCGCCGUGUCUCAGGGGUCCACAUUAUGCGUGUUCCGCCUACAGAGGAGAUUUGUGCCCCAGGGGCUUCUACUGUCCCUUGGGUUCUGCCGCCCCCCGGCCCUGUGAGGCGGGCUCACACUGCAACCGGACCGGUCUGGGUGCUCCAGCGGGGCCCUGUGCUGGCGGGUUUUACUGCUCCAGAGGUUCCACGCACCCCCAUGGAACGCCCUGCCCCCCCGGACACUAUUGCCCCCCUGGAGCUCCUCUUCCUCUGCCCUGCCCUCCUGGCACCGUGAAAACUUCUCUCGGCGGCUCCACGGUCCAGGCUUGCCAGCUGUGUCCUCCAGGCCACUACUGCCACCAGAGAGGCAGCGCUGAGCCCAGUGGCCGCUGUGCGGAAGGCUACUACUGUCCCGAGGGGCAGAGCUCGGAGAGACCCCAGCAACAUGUCUGCUCCGCGGGACAUUAUUGCGAGAAGGGCAGCGUCAGGCAGACGGCCUGCCUCCCGGGCAGCUACCAGCCCAGACGAGGCCAGGGCGGCUGCGAGACGUGCCCCGCUGGAUCCUACUGUCGGGAUCAAGGAGUGACACGUCCACUUCCCUGCGAGAGAGGGUUUUAUUGUCCCAGCGGUUCGGCGAAUCAGCGCCCCUGUCCGGCGGGCACCUAUGGGAACGGGUCGGGGCUGGUGGAGGAGCGGCAGUGCUCGCGCUGUGACCCUGGGAUGUAUUGUAAAGGAGCAGGGGGUGCGGUUCCGAGUGGCGCGUGUGCUGCGGGGUUUGUUUGUGUGGGCGGAGCCUCUCAGCCUUCGCCGGCCGACGGGCUGACCGGGUUCCCGUGCCCUCCUGGGUUCUUCUGUGCGACGGGCACAUCGGUACCAAAACCCUGCCCACGAGGAACGUUCAGUGAGCAGAGUGGCCUCGUGGGCGAAUCCCAGUGUCGUAGCUGCAUCCCUGGCUUCUACUGCUCAGAGACGGGCCUCUCCGCCGUCUCCGGACCCUGCCUGCCAGGGUUCUACUGCCUGGAGGGCUCCCGGACGGCCACGCCCGCGUCGAGCGCAUCCGGAGGCGUUUGUCCAACAGGCCACUACUGUGCAGAGGGCAGUGGCGUGCCGUCGCCCUGCCCUGCUGGCUCCUACCUGAAUGACACCGGUGCCAACAGCGAGGAUGCCUGCAGGCCAUGCCCCCCUGGUUGGUUCCAGGAUUUAUCAGGCCAGAACAAGUGUAAUCCCUGCCCUCCCGGGUUCCACUGCCAGGCUCUGAGUCCCAGCCCCACCAGGGGCAGCCUCACUGGAGUGUCGGCCCCCUCGCCCUGCCCAGCUGGCUACAUCUGCCCCAGAGGGAGUCCAGGCACUCAGCCUGUCCCCUGCCCUAAAGGCACCUACAGCCACAACCAGGGUCUCACAGCGAUAGGCGAGUGCCGGGUGUGCCCAGCCGGGCUGUUCUGUGGCUCAGAGGGUCUGACUCAACCAUCAGGAACAUGCGCUGCCGGGUUUCUGUGCCUGACGGGCGCCACGGUGCCGAACCCGACUGACAACACAACGGGGUCGCUCUGUCCGCCUGGGACGUUCUGCCAACAGGGCCAAAGAGCGGGUGACUGCUGGCCGGGCUUUUAUUGCGACUGGGGCUCCAGCAGAGCGGAUCGGGCCCUGUGCCCGGCUGGCUCCUUCUGCCCCGGUGGAACGCCCGUCCCUGUGCCAUGUCCUGCAGGAACGUAUGGCCCCGACACCGGCAACGCCCAUCAAGACAACUGCUCCACCUGCACGGCUGGCUACUACUGUGAAGUUGAGGGCACCGUGCAGCCCGCCCUGUGUCCUGCUGGGUUCUACUGCCCUCCAGGGCUGGUCCUGGGACUGCUGUUCCCCUGCCCCCCUGGCACCGUGCAGAGCCGGCUCGGAGCUUCCGGUCCCGAUGCUUGUCUGCCCUGCCCUGCUGGGAUGUUCUGCGCUCGUCCCGGUCAGUCCCAGCCCACAGGGCCCUGUGAGGCAGGAUUUCUCUGUCCCGCCGGGUCCACCAGCCCAAAUGCUGCUGAGCACCAGGGGAAUUCAACCAGAAGCAGCCUUUGCCCUCCCGGCUACUACUGCCCCUCGGGGACCGGCCACCCCCUCCCCUGCCCCCCGGGCUCGCUCUCCAAAGCCCAGGGCCUGAAACGCGCUGAAGACUGCCCGCCCUGCCCCUCUGGACUCUUCUGUGACAGGCCUGCGAUGUCGGAGCUGUCAGAUGCUCUCCCGUGCCACGCUGGGCAUGUGUGCCAGGGCGGCAGCUCCAGUCCCAGCCCAUCAGACGGUUCCCAUGGCUACCUCUGCCCUGCCGGCCAUAGCUGUCCUGUUGGCUCUGCGAGCGAGGUGCCCUGUGAGCCUGCAACUUACAGCCCUGCUCCUGGAGCAGCUCGCUGCAUAAUGUGCCCUGAAGGGACCGUGUGCUCCUCCACAGCCACUCAGGAGCCCUCUCUUUGCCCCGCUGGUCAUUUUUGUUCUGCGGGGUCAGCCCUGCCUCAGCCCUGCCCUUUAGGCACCUUCAGCAACCAGACUGGAGCCCACUCCCCUUCUGUGUGCAGGCCCUGUCCCUCUGGACUGUUCUGUAGCUCAUUUGGAGCCUCAACACCACAAGGAGCUUGUUUGGAGGGUUAUUUCUGCCGAGGUGGAGCCGUGGGACCAACCCCACAGAGCUCUGACGAGUUCCCGGGGAAUGGGCCUUGCCCCUCGGGUCACUACUGUCCAGCAGGGAGCCUCUCCCCAGUCCCAUGUCCCCUGGGCAGCAUCCGUAACACUACGGGAGGUGUCUCCAUGGAGAGCUGCUCUGCUUGUCCUGCAGGUCACUACUGCGCUGCCGAAGGCCUCUCCAGCCCCAGUGGCCCCUGUGCUGCUGGUUUCUACUGCCCUUUUGAUUUCUCUUCAACCACUCCACAUGCCUCCCUCUGUCCCAAGGGCCACUAUUGUCCUGAAGGCUCAGCCCUGGCGUGGCCCUGUCCGACGGGACAGUACCAACCGAACCCGGGCUCAGACACCUGCAUCCCCUGCCGGCCGGGCUUCUACUGUGAGGAGGCCAUAGUGGGAGAACCAUGGCCCUGUCCACCACACUCAUUCUGCCCUGCAGGCACCAUGGUACCUCAGCCCUGCCCUAAUGGGACGUACACUCAUUCCAACCAGGGGGGACUACAGGACGAGAAGCAAUGUUUACACUGCCCACCAGGGAAGUUCUGCAGGGCUGGUAGGAUCCUGGGCGUGUGUUCUGCAGGCUACCUUUGUAUUUCUGCCAGCGCAGACUUUACCCCUCAGGGUCCAAUGCCCGACACCACCACCAAGUGCCAGUGGGGCAUGCAGUGUGCAGGCCCAUGUCCUCCAGGUUUCUAUUGCCCUGAGGGCACAGAGGAGGCUCUGCAGUGUCCUGCAAAUACUAUCAGGAGACUCCCAGGAGGUGGAAGCCUUCAGGACUGUUUAUCCUGCCCACCUAAGUACUGGUGUAAACCUGGAGACCCAGUCCUUCAUUUGUGUCCCGCUGGCCAUUACUGCGAUGGGCUGCCUGGCAGUGACUUCAGCGGCGGAACAGGACCCAGGCCAUGUUCCCCCUACACGUAUCGAGCUUCUCCGGGGGCAGGCAGCAAGGGCGACUGCCUGCCCUGCCCCCCCGGUUCGCACUGCAACAGCACCGCGCUUACAGACUACACCAGCACUCCCUGCCCACCCGGUCAUUGGUGCAGUGGGUCCGGACCCCCCGUCCUCUGCCCAGCAGGCACUAAGAGGCCCCUUCCUGGGGCUGCUGCACCCAGCCAGUGUGAGCCCUGUGCAGGGGGAACCUUCUGCCCAGACCCUCGCUCUACAGGGGUGCCCAAUAUAGAUGGGAUUCCGUGCAGGGCGUCUUAUCAGUGCCCCGAAGGUGCCGUGGCAGAGAGGCUGUGCAGAGCUGGCUCAUAUUGUGGACCUCAGACUUCCGAGCCUCAAGUGUGUCCUGAGGGGUAUUUUUGUCCUGAGGGAUCUCAUUCCUACAAUACGCCCAAACAAGUCUGUUUGUUUCCCUACUACUGCCCAGCCAACAGCUCUGCCAUGAAGUCCUGUGACGGGGGCUCCGUGCCUGUCAACACCAGCGGGCUCAGGGGAUCCAGAAGCAGCUGCUGUAGUGUGUGUGAGGGGGGCACCUACCGUCCGCACCUAUCCACGCUGCUACAAUGCCUUCCGUGCCCGCCAGGAUACUUCUGCCCCCCAGGUGCUGUGGACUAUAAAGCUAACCCCUGCCUUCUUGGCUAUGUCUGUGCCAUGGGAUCCACUCACCCGGAGCCCUGCCCCCCUGGUACCUUUGGGAAACUGACUCAUGCUAAGGCAAUGAGCGACUGUCGGCCGUGUCCAGCUGGCACCUUCAACCACCUGCAUGGCCAGAAGGCUUGCUUUCCCUGUGGUAGCUCCUCUACCUCACCCGCUGGUUCUUCUUCCUGUACCUGCAUUGGCAAGAACCGUGCGUUCCAGCACUCGGACGGGUCGUGCCUGUGCAGAACUGGUUUCGUCUUCUACGAUGAGCUGGAUUUUAAAAGCUCUGGCGCUGACAGUGGGUUGGACUGCCAGCCUGAGGUCAACACACGAUGUGCCACAGGACGGGUUCGUCUAGCGGCGUCCAGAGACUGCGUGUCACCCUCUCUCUACUCCUGUAAUAUCACCUGUGGCCCACUUGGAGGAACUCUGGAUGUGGGGAUGGGAAUCUGCGAGUGCGAGCGCUACGUGUCUGCCGAGGAGCUGUGCGACGCUCCCUGCCUCUCCAGACUGCCUCAGCUCUCUGCCCAGUUCUCACCAGACGGCUACCUGCUGCUCAGCCUCAAGGAAAGACACAACAUGGUCUGGGCCCGGACUGCAAAGGAUGUCUUAGGACCAGAUAUACAUGUAAAGAACAUUGGGAAGGUCUAUUUAGUCCAGUUUGCCUCUGAUGGAGUGUUUGGUUGGAUUCCUACAAAACCGGACUUCAUCAGUCAGUUUCUUUCAGAGCCAAUAGAAUUCUUAAAUCCAAGACCCAGAAGAAGAAGAGACACAGAGGAUGAUAUCGAUGCAGAUGCAGCCCUGGGGGACCUUCCUCGGAUUCCCAACCCCAUCGUCUGUCUGGCUUCUGGGGAUAUGCUCGUUUUCCACCUCUCUGUCAACUCCACCGAUCGUCACAUGAGUCACUUCCCAGUGUAUCAGAAAGACCACCUGUUUAACAGUAACCCCAGCUGGGACUUUGGUGCCUUCAGACGUCUGCAAGUCCUCAUGAAACAAACAAGCUUCAACUCUACAAGGUUUGCUCAUGUGUUUUCCGAAAAGGGGAAGUACGUGUUUGUGGACAGUGCUGUCCCAGAGUGGAGCAUGGUUGUCGUGGUGACCGAGGAGGGGACAGAGUGCGACCCCAGGGCUGCCGUCUUCCAGCCCAUGACCCCGGCACAGCUGGUCAAGCACGGCAUCGUCAAGCAGCACCGACUCAACCUGCUGCCCGACUGGGGAGUGAUUACAGGCGUCCUCAGCCUGCUGCUGGUUGCAGUCUUAGUCCUGACCACCACGGUGCUGGUUGUGCGACCCAGCAAAGCCAAGCUGGUGUCCCAGUGGAGGACCAGGCCGAAGUGGCGCAGCCUCGGCGAGCCCUGCUGUCCCGCGGAGUGCGUUUGCGGUGGAGACAGCGUCGCCGGGGCUUUGGGCAUUCGAGGUGUAGGAGAAGGGGCCGAGGCUGAAGAGCCUGCUAUUGCAAAGGGAGGGAAUUUGUCGGGACGGUGUGAUUUGGAGGAGUUCAACGUGAAGACUCUGUACGACAAACUGGAGGAUCAGAACCUCCACGUGGCCUCGCAACUGGCCCGGUGCCGCAAGGACACGCAGGAGUUCUACCGGAACAUUUGUGAACAGACGGAAACGCUUAAAAACGUCUUUGAGAAUAUGGAUCACAAAAAACUGAGUCUCCUAAAAGAGCUGCUAGUUCACAGUGUCCUAAGGAAUAAAUCUUGUAACGGUUCAGGAGAAAUAAACACACAAGCUGAGCUGUCUAUAGCGGUCCUGGGAGACGUUCUCAGGUCAGUGGAAGCGCUCUUAUGCAGACUGACCGGUGACACGUGGCAGACCCAGGAUUUGCCCCCUUUCUGCCCCCAUGACAGCAAAGACAUGUCUUACACACAGACGCCGAACUGUUCAUUGAUGAACAUGAGCAAAGUCGAGGUCCAUCUCCAGGAACCAGUUCACCGCCGGAGCACGGGUCCUGGUGUAAGCGACCAGGACGUGUCCACGCUGAUCACCAUGUCUCCACUGUUCAAGACCCUGCAGGAUAUUCAGCAAGCUCUACAGAGCCUCACCACAGCUGGGCCCGGCCAGCAUCUGCACAAUGCAGCUGCGGAUGCUUCAGUCCACGAGGUCCACGAUGGCCAGCUUGUCCCCACUGCGCUCGACAGCCUCUCGCCUCAUCACUCAGCCGUUUUCCUCUUCGGCCGUCAGGUCGUGCAGUUGCUUGCGGACCGGCCCCGCUUCCCCUCUGUCCUUCUGCUACUGGCCAAGUCGAUCCCGGGCUCUUUAUCUUGUUCUAACCACGCUCCGCUCGCGCACUGCUCGGGGGACUUUUACUUUGAUCCAACCAAUCAAAUCCUUUAUCUGUCAGAGGCGAAGCUUCAGCACGUGGGCCACUUCAUCGCUGUCAUCCUGCAGUCCAUGGCCCACAUAGCAUCAGCAGCUGAACCCCAGAGCUUCAUGCAAACUCUUCACGAGGCUGUUUCAUCUCUGAGCCUUCAGCUGUUCGAUUUGUCUUUCUCGUGGAGCACAGCAGAGUCCAAAUUGCCUGCCUCAGAGCAGCGGCGCGGCGCGCUAGUUGACGACUUUCUCAACAUCAGAGUUCCCAGUCAAGAGCAGUUCACCGAGCGCCUUUUAGCCGGCAGACUAGAGAAAUAUAGACAUUUCAAGUUAGAGCAGCUCAUCUCUAACUCCACACAGCGUUCGAGUAAGAACACAGAUUCAGGAUUACUACCAAAAGGAACACCGAUGCAGAUGUCUUGCGUAGAGGAGGAACUUGACCGCAUGAAUGAGUCUUUCCUGCAGCUGAGCAUGCAGCUACAGAGGAGAGCUCAUAUGAGCACGCGGCAGAACGAGAGGGAGAACAGUGCUGGCGACCAUUCAGUGAAAGCAUCGGCGGCGAGAGAGCCAAGCCUGAGUCGUAAUGGGACGAUCCUGCUGGAGCUGAAGAGACGCUACGUAUCGCAGCGCCUCGACGAGCUCCAAAUCACAUUAGACCACAUCAGGCGGCGCGACAGCGAGCCUAAAGGCGAGACGGGAGGACACGCGCAGACGGAGCGCGGGGAGCGGACGACUGGACGGCUGGGAAGGGGAGAGGCCUGUGAUUGGCCGGCGGAGGAGCGACGACCCCGAGCCCCAGAUGCCACGGAGGCAAAGUCAGCUUCACCUGAGUGACGCGGAGAAACAGCAGCCAAGCAGUCAGAUAACGGUAGAGAACAAGACAGGGCAGACCGGGACUGAUGACAAACUCUGUCUGCGUGGAUGAAAGCAGGGGACUGUGCUUUAGGUAGCUUUAGUUUUCACUUUACAGCCACUUCAUGUUGUCCUGACAUCCUGAUUAUCCAUGUGUAAAAUGCUCUGGUCUGAAUUCAAUCUAAUGAAAAUGCACCCCUUCACGUUAACAAGACCUCUGUCCCAAAGUAAAGGUACUGCAGCUGGAGCUAA